AAUUACAUACAUACAAACACACAUAAAAAUACAAAAAACCUAUACAUACGUAUAAACCCUUUUUCCAAUUUUUAUUUCUCCCCAUCUCUCUCUCAAAUCAAUUUGCCUUUCAAUUGUUAGGCUUUUUUAUCAAUUCUUAAUACAGUAUUUACUUGAUUAUUUGUAAUUAGGGUUUAAAUUGAACUUGAUUAAAGAGGAUUUUAGUUUUAGUUAAUUAGGAUCAGGGUUAGAGAAUAGAUAAUGUUCUUCAGCGGCGAUCCGUCGAACCGAAAACGAGUAGAUUUAGGUGGGCGUAGUUCAAAAGAAAGAGAUAGAAAGAAGCUUCUGGAACAAACUAGGUUAGAAAGAGAGCAAAGAUCAUGGCUACGUCAGCAGAAAGCUGCUGCUCUUGUUAUUCAGAAAUGCUUUAGAGGAAGAGUGGCGGUGAAAGCAGAGCGUAGUAAGGCACGAGAGCGGUUUUAUUCUACUUAUGGAAGAAACUGUGAAAGAGUAGGCAGGCAUUGCUUUGAACCAGAUUCAGAUUUUCUUCAGGAACUGCUAUAUUUCUUCAGUCCACGGAACGCUUCGGACUUGUCCAUUCUUGUGAAGACAUGCGAUUUUAUUUUGAAGUUCGAAAAAGAUGGUGGGGAUGUUUUGAAGCUCUUUGGUACCCCAGAUUCUUCGUCUAAGCAUGCUCUUGUGAGUUACAGGGUUAAGAAACUAGCUUACGCCUGUAUCCAGGCUGUACAUCAUAAUAGAUAUCAGUUCAAGGGCCAGCUUUUAUCAACUUCUUUGGACUUGAACGCCCCGACGAAUAUCCUGUUGAAAGCAGCAAAAUUGUUGAUGGAUCAGCUUCCGUGGGGUUGUAAGGUAGUCGGCUAUCUUUUGCAACAAAACAUAUAUAGGAUUUUCCGGGAGAUCAUUGUCACAGGGAAGAUGUACUUUCAAACCAACAAGAAGAAGGAAAGUUCUAAACCCGACAGUCAUGUUAGAAAAGGGUAUUUGGAGAUGAUUCUUGAGCUAGUCAUUGGACAUACUAGGCAAGGAGAUUGUAUAUGCCCAGAUAUCGAGCUACAAUGGAGUUUCACUUCUCAAAUUCUAACAAUUCCUUUUGUGUGGCAGAUUUUUCCUUCCCUAAAGAAGAUUUAUGUUUUGCAGGGAUCAUGUCAGCAUUAUCUCCGUAAAAUGGCGACAUGUACUCAAAGUUUUGAUAAGGUAUUACCUGCUGACAUAUCAGCUGAAUACCCUGGUUAUGCUUGUCUUCUUGGUAAUCUACUAGAAGCGGUUGGAGUUGCUUUGGCUAAUCCUGCAUGUCAACGUGAUAUGGCCAUAGACUUUGCUACGAUUGCAACAUUGUUGUUGGAAGUACUUCCUCCUAUCCAAUCAUCAACUACAGAAAGUAGAGAAGAAAAUUCAAUAAUAGGGGACGACGAUAUGAUUAUCGAUGAUGCUCUAGCAGUAGUACCUCUCAGUAAGGAAUUGGAAAAGCAGAUUUUAAAAGCUAUAGAUCCCCGCUUUCUUUUGCAACUGACAAAUGUUUUGUUUGGAGGCUCUUCGUCUGUCGCUGAUUCAAACAAAGAUAAAAUAAAUGAUAAUGAAGCAGCAGCUGUUGGUGCAGCUUGCUCUUUUCUUCACAUGACUUUUACCACUUUGCCCCUUGAGGGUAUCAUGACAUAUCUAGCGUAUAGAAUGGAGUUGGUAUCUGUACUCUGGAAUUUCAUGAAACGAUGUGAUCAGAAUUUAAGUUGGUCUUCCUUGUCUGCUGCAUCUCGGUACCUGCCUGGCGAUGCAUAUGGUUGGCUGCUACCUUUGGCAGUUUUCUGCCCUGUUUACAAGCAUAUGCUUAUGAUCGUGGACAAUGAAGAGUUCUAUGAGCAGGAAAGACCAUUGUCACUCAGUGACAUUAGAGUAUUAAUUGGUAUCUUGAGACAGGCUCUGUGGCAGAUCCUUUGGCUAAAUCCAGUGGCACCAAUGGAAUUUUCUACAAAUACUGUUUCCAUAAAGAAGAAUCGUGUAGAAUUUGUUCAAUAUAGGGUUAGUGUUGUGGCUUCUGAACUUCUUUCUCAGUUGCAAGAUUGGAAUAAUAGAAGGGAGUUUGCAAAUCCAAGUAUCUUUCAUGCUGAUGGUGUGAAUGAUCACUUCAUUUCGCAGGCAAUGAUUGAAAACACAAGGGCAUAUGACAUACUGAAACAAGCUCCUUUUCUGGUGCCAUUUACUAGCAGAGUUAAAUUGUUCACUUCACAGCUUGCUGCGAUAAAGGAAGGAACUGGGUCUCAUGCCAUGUCUAAUAGAAGCACUUUUAAGAUAAGACGAGAUCGUAUACUAGAAGAUGCUUUUAAUCAGUUGAGCACAUUAGCAGACAAGGAUCUUCGUGGAGUGAUUCGGGUUACUUUUGUCAAUGAAUUUGGAGUGGAAGAGGCUGGUAUUGAUGGUGGUGGGAUUUUUAAAGACUUCAUGGAGAACAUUACUCGGGCAGCUUUUGAUACGCAAUAUGGGCUAUUUAAGGAGACAAUCGAUCACCUACUCUACCCCAAUCCUGGAUCUGGAAUGAUACAUGAACAACAUUUGCAGUUGUUUCAUUUCCUUGGAAUUAUUCUCGGAAAGGCAAUGUUUGAAGGGAUUCUCGUUGAUAUACCAUUUGCAACCUUUUUUUUGAGCAAGCUAAAGCAAAAGCAUAACUAUUUGAAUGAUUUACCUUCUUUGGAUCCCGAAUUGUAUCGCCACCUUAUCUUUCUUAAGCAUUAUGAGGGUGACUUGGCAGAGUUAGAGUUGUACUUUGUAAUUGUUAACAAUGAGUUUGGGGAGCAAACAUCAGAAGAGCUGGUCCCAGGUGGAAAGGACAUACGUGUUGUAAAUAGCAAUGUUAUCCAGUUUAUUCAUCUUGUUGCCAAUCACCGUCUCAAUACCCAGAUACGUCAGCAAAGUUCUUAUUUUUUGAGGGGAUUUCAACAGCUUAUACAGAAAGACUGGAUUGACAUGUUUAAUGAGCAUGAACUCCAGCUUUUGAUAUCAGGCUCAGUUGAUAAUUUCGAUGUGGAUGAUCUUCGGUCCAACACAAAUUAUGCUGGUGGCUAUCAUCGUGAGCAUUAUGUAAUUGACAUGUUUUGGGAGAUUCUCAAGAACUUUUCCUUGGAAAAUCAACACAAGUUUUUGAAGUUUGUGACUGGAUGUUCAAGAGGGCCUUUGCUAGGAUUCAAGAACUUGGAACCUUUAUUUUGUAUACAACGAGCUGCUGGUAGUGCCUCUGAAGAAGCUCUUGACCGGUUGCCAACAUCAGCCACUUGUAUGAACCUGUUAAAGCUUCCUCCGUAUAGAAGUAAAGAGCAAAUGGAGCAGAAGUUGUUGUAUGCUAUUAAUGCAGAAGCGGGGUUUGAUUUAAGUUGAACAUAGCUUCAUCAUCCAACAUGUGGCAACAAGCAUGUUUAAAGUGUAGUGUGCUAAUCAAAGAGUUUUGUCAAAAGGGAAGCAAAGACCCAUAGUAACAGAAGGUAGAUAUGUUGCACCCUCAAAGAGCAUGGCGGAUUUGUACAUAAAGUGGUUGCUGGAUUGCAGCUACAACGUAUACCAUUUGUUUGCCAAAAAUGGACCGAAGACUCAUUUGAUAGUAGCCUAAGUUUGUAUAAUGCUAUUUUAUCUGGCGAAAAGGGGAGGCUUUGGUUUGUUGAUAAAAUGUAUUUCGUUUUUCUGAAUCCAAGCUCCCAACCUUGGGCUACUAGUAAUCAAACCUUUUUUAGCCUUUUUUUUUCCUGCAUUCGGUUCAUGUGGAAUUCAGUCUUUUUGUGUGUACCUGAACAUAACAAUUGCCACGGUGACUGUCAGUCUACCACCGAAAGUCAAUGUAUUUCGUUGCGUUUAAAGUUAUAUGACACGUGAUAGAAGUCGGCUCAUAUGUGCUGGCUCAAAAAAGAAUAACAAAAGAUGAGUGUGCCUAAAGUAUGUCUUUAUAAUGCCAGAAUGAUUGAUGUA